GGCUCGGUUUCCAAGGACGGCAAACCACGUGACCCGAUACGUCAUGGAGGUGGAAUGUGUUGAGUCGGUCGGUAGAAUUGGUGCACCUUUCCGUCUCUCUUACCUGAACAGGUGCUAAAUGAUGGAUGAGCAAAAUGUCCUGACUUUCGAUUCCGUUAGGGAUUAUCUCUUCCAGAACGGUGGUAAAGUUAAUAAUCGCGAAUUAGUCAAGCACUUUCAGUCUUAUCUAACAAAUCCAGACCUAGAGAAACAAGCUCAAGCCAAAUUACACUUCAGAGAUUACAUCAAUGAACUGGCCACACUGAAAGAAGAAAAUGGGGUGAAGUAUGUUGUGAUGAGGAAAAAGUACCUUGAUAACACAUCCGUGAAUGUGCCUAAAUCUAGUCCGGCAAAUACCGAAAUUCGGCUUUAUCCAAAUGGAGUUUGGCCACAGGGAAGGUUUCAGAAGGUUAACGAAACUGGCGUAGGCUACGUGGAUCCAAAUGCGAGUGUGGCAUUGUCUGUCGCGAGGUGCGACGACAGAACGACGAGGUUACCCAUGUCGGAAGAAAGGGAGACGCGGAAUUUUGUCAAAGUCAAUCAUUCACAGAUUUAUCAAAGCUUAACACCAACUUUAGAAGCAGUUCCUCAGCCACCACCUCGUCGCAGAGGCGAUAGGAGGGAGUCAUCGGGGAAGAUAGAAGAAACCUUACGUCAGUUGAACAAAGAAAACUCUGAGACCAAAAUUAUAAGGAAUGAGGCUUUGACCGAACCUAUUAUAAGUCCAGGUAUGGUAAGAGAAAGAGCACAGUCCUUGAAUAAGUUAGCAUCGGAAACUGAGCUAAUGAUAAAGUCACCGUCACCGUCACCGUCACGACCUACGAGAGGAAGUGUGAAAAUAAGCUUGGACGACGACGAUACAUCAUCAUUAGCCAGUCUGAAUCCUUAUCGAAGAGAGUGGACGCUGAAGGCAGCUCAGGGAGACUACCUGUCACUCGUUCGCUUGUUGAAAGAAGAACCCAGAUUGGCUAAUUUUAAAGAUUUCAUUUCGGGGUUCACAGCCCUCCAUUGGGCAGCUAAGCAUGGAAGCUGUGAUAUUGUCAAAUUAAUUGCCGGGAAGCACAGGGUAAACCCAAAUAUCCGAUCGCAUGGGGUGAGUAUUGAAUAUUUUAAAGUACGACCGAAGGGUAGUACCGUCGGCAAACUGAUUUAAAUCUCUUCUUUGCAUCAGGGGUAUACGCCGCUUCACAUAGCAGCCAUGUUUAAUCGUCUGGAGGUUAUCGGACUCUUAAAAGCUACUUACGGGGCGGAUGCGUCGAUAAGAGACUACAGUGGCAAAAAGGCAGAAGACUACUUACCAAAGACAGAAAUACUUAAAGAACGUAAGAUGACCCCUCCUAACUCUCUUCUUAUCCACCGAACACUUUCGUCUUCUAUUCGUUCCUCUUUGCAUCAGUCUUUCUUACGAUCGACGAGGCCCGUCGUCAGAUCAAGAAGCGUAAAGUCUGCCUAUUUUGGAUGAUUACUUAAGUUUUUUUUUUUAAAUUUCUUACUCUACUAUGCAUGCUGGUUGUGCAUGGUGCAUGUUGGGACUUUAUCAGUAAUUUUAUCUGUAUGGCUAUUGUCUAUAGAGGUUAUAUUAAAGGUGAAAGGUUAUCAGUUUGAA